AUGGGCAUGGACUCAAUUCAAUACCUACGCACUCCACAAACAUGCUCCACAAAGCCAUUUACAAAAUGGUUGAGUUCCCAUCCAGUACAUUCCUGUGGCCUGUUUCACCAGAGCAUGGGCUCAUUUGCACAAGUUGUCAGGACCUUAAUUGUUGUACCUUCAAUGUAA